CCUUCAUCGAGAUCUUGUUGUUGGGAUUAGUCCGAAUAUUAUGAGCUUUUUGGAGUCUAACCUACCUUAACAAUAGACGUUGUAACAUCCAACUAAAUGGGGAAAGUCAAGAAAAGACCGGAGUUGCUGCACUGCAGCAAGUCACACAAUAUACUGCGCAAUUUAAUGCUGAGAGAUUUUGGGUUACACACAACGCAUAAGACCAGUACGCGUGAACUGGAGCCGAUUGCUGAGGCCAAUUUUGUGUUGAGGGACCACAAGGAAUUGAAAUGUGAAUUACCUGGUUUUCCUAGAGCCACUUUUCUAAUGGUUUUCAGUCCUGAUGGGACCAUGGUAGCUUCUACGCAUGGAAAUCACAAUGUUUAUAUCACGGAAAUUACAACGGGAAAAAAUAUUAGAACCUUGUCUGGACAUCCACGUACUCCCUGGUGCAUAGCUUUUCACCCGUCCUCCAGUCAGAUCUUAGCAUCCGGCUGUCUAGGAGGUCAAGUUCGCGUGUGGGAUUUAAGUGUGAGUAUGGGAUUAUAUAUUGUUAUCGCUUCGCUCGCGUUCCAUCCUUUUGAAAGAUUGUUAGUUAUAGCCACAUAUAAUGAAAUUCACUUUUGGGACUGGAGUAAGUCUCAACCUUUUGCUGUAACCGCUACAAAGACUGACAAAGAAAAAGUGAGAUAUGUAGCAUUUGACAGUUUAGGAAGAAAAUUAAUCACAGGUAUCGCAAAUACGCCUCAAGUACAAUCACAAUGGGAUCGGGCUCCUGUCGGACAGUUACUUAGAACUAGUUUGAUGUAUCAGCCACGAGAAAAUUUCCCGGAUAUCGAACUUUCACCUUUUCACUUGUGGAAUCAUGGCUCUUUUUAUGGAAGAGGAUCGGCGGACAGCAAUACUGCAGAUAGAACUUCUCGUGCGUAUCUGUUUAUGCGCAGAGGCCACGAAAUGUCCAGUUUCUCGCGAUUCGCCAAUCAACAAUUUAGGAACAGUACGCGACAAGAAGCGCGGUUUCAGCGGCGACGAAAUCUAUCUGAAGAACUGAAUCAAACUAGGGAAACUACAUCUCCAAGCAUUACGAGAAAUCCACCUCGUCCGACUGGUAAUCCAGCAAACACGGACAAUGUUGAUAAUAGAUCAGCGGAUGACAGUAACGAUGACGAUUUGCCGAGCUCGCUAAGAAGCCGCGAUCGAGAAUCUAAUACAAUAAACGACUCUCAUCCCAGGGAUGAGUUAUAUGAACGAUUAAAUAAUGUGUGGGUCGGUGUGGACGAAAGAUUGCGUGGAACCAACUCUCAAGAUCCGGAGAGGAGAAUAAAUUUAUGUUACAGAGAUCUUGUCGAUCAAUACGUGACGCUUGUAAGACGUUACUUUGACGUUUCUAGAAAUAGAGAUACGAUUGAUCGUGGUACUGAUCCUAUGGAUAUGCCGGAAGCAUCAUCUUCUAAUUCCGAGGAGUCUAGUAAUAGAAACGAAUCAGCGACUGAAUUAUCUAUACGAAGAUUAAGAAAUGAAUUGAAUUCCAGCGCACGAGCGAACAAUACGAACCUGGAGAGGUUGCAACGAUGUCAACGAUUAUUGAUGGAACGUUCCGAGCAAGAGGAAAUCGGGACCACCCUUCAAAAUUUAAGAGAGGCUCUGAAUGCUGCCGCCGAAAAUAAUAGUUCGUGCUUGGUACGAUUGCAGAAAUUGCGAAAGAGACUGCAGCGGCAGACCGCGACUUUAUUCGAGCAUUCUAACAAUCGUAACUCUCGCCUUCAGUUGCUUCGAAACGCUCUGAAUGAUGAAAUUGAAGCACUUAAUAAUAUGGAGGCACAGUUCACUAAUACGAGCUCUAGAAUUGAACGGCUGCGGGACGAAUUUACGAUGUAUGGUAUUCUGCCACGUAAUCGGCAUAUCGUGACUGAUUCUUCACAAAUGAAUUUAAGUAAUGCCGAAUGGAGAACUCUUACGUCAAAUGAUGGACAAAUGCCCAGUACUAGUUCUAUGCCAUCAGUGUUGUCUUCGAGAUUACACGAUUUAGAAUCCAAUGUGCUCCCUGGCACAAGUUACGUCCAAGAGAAUGAAGAGCGUGGCACUUCGUGGUCCAAUGCCAACAAUAGUGAAAAUGCUAGUACUUCAUCGAGAAGUACUGGAAGAGCAACAAGAAGACGAUUCAAUGACUUGAACACGGAGGACGAGCCACCGAGGCAACGAAAGCGGAAAUUAGGUCCUAUUGAGUUUUCUAUGCCUAUGCCGUUAUCCUACAUUGAAGACAGCUCAUCUUCGAGCGACGAAGGUUAUUCACGAGCAUCAACAUCCCGUAAUGGCGCAUCUAAUUUUACAGUUUCAACUCAUUCAGCGUUUCAACCAAAUGUACCUAAGUCUGUUGCUCAACGAAUGAGCAGCAGCUCACAAAAUCAAGAGACGUCAACUAAUUCUUCCAGAUUGGAUGAAACAGAUAGGAAUAAUUUACCUGUUAAUUUAAAUAACGAAUCGAACGAAGAUAAUGACCAGGAUAAUAGGACAUCAAGGACCAUGCGAAAUACACAAGAAACGAGAUCUCAAGAACUCAGUCGCAGACAAGGAAAUUCACCCUUACUCAGGAGAGUGAUAGAUGUUCUACAAAUUCUUCGAAAUUUACACGCGGAUCGGAUGGAAAACAAUAAUACUACUCAACAAGUAUUACUAGACGACUCGGAGAAUGGAUAUUGGCUGCUCGAAGAGAAUAGUAAUUCAGAUUCAAAUUUGGAUGAUACAAAUUCCAAUACUAAUUCGAACUCUCGUCGAUGGACCAGUCGAUGGAUACGACUGGAUACUUCGAGCAGAAAUUCAGAAUACCCUAACGAUUCACCGAAUGAGCAGUCUCUAUCGAGACCUUUUUCGGAAGACGUAGAACAAAAUACCAAUGAUAGACACAGAGAACAGAGGAACCAAUUGUCGCCCGUGUCUGCAAAUCCUACUCGUUACGAACAACCGCCAUUGUUUCCGUUUAGAAGCUUACGAGAAAACCAAUCCCAAAGAUUAGAACAAAAUCAAACGCCCAUUAUCAGCAGCUCUGACAGUACUUCGCUUCAAACACAGACAUCUAAUUCAGACGCAACGCAUACGACAUUAGCAGGAUUUACGGAGUUGUCAAGAAUGGUUAACGAUCCCGUUGUAACGAGAAUCGCUAAUGUAACUAGCCGCGAGGAUGAAUCGACAGUGAGCGACAGGCAACAACCACCACCACCACUACCACCACCACCACCACCGCCACCACCGCCAUCACAACAACAACAACAACAACAACAACAACAGAACCAAGACCAACGAAAUGCAGAUGAUCCGGAUCUCGACUAUGUUAUAGAUCCAAUAAUGCUUGGUGCUGAUAAUAUAGAUCCAAGAGAGAGUUCACUAGGAGUUCGGCAAGGAAUUCAAUUGCUCAAUCGUCACAUCAAUAACAUCAAUAACAUGCACCGUUUGUGCCGAGCACGUUUAGAAAUAGUUCAGCUGUGUCAAGUGCGCAAAAUGUGGGAGGAUCUGCAACGACAGAUACGAUCGUUGCAUGUGACGGUCCGUGUAGAAAGGCAGAACGACAACCAAACAGAGACGCAACGAGACAACGCUACCAGCAAUCCCGGUCCAUCAACGUCGGUUGCAAGUUCGUCUAAUGAAUCGGCGAGGAAUUUUAAGAAAGCCCUCCUGGAAAACUAUCAGAGAGAAAGCGAGGGCGAUGGUGAUACAAGAUCGUACGAUCAAAGUCAACCGUCAACGUCGAGCGGAGUAACUGGUCUCGAAAGAAAUCACGAGAACGAGCCAAUGUCUAGCACUCGUAAUAUUGAAGAGAGUACCAAUAUAAGUCUCUCGAAUCUAUUACCGAGCGAUACCGAACUACGGCGGAUGCAAUGUCUCAAACUGAAUGAAAUGCUAGACGGGUUGUACGCACGGCUCACCUCGCGCUGUCAGAAUUGCGAUUCACGUGAUACGCGGGCAAUGAAUGAUCACACGUAUUCCAGUUUGACAACCGAUGGCGACGUACAGUUGCCUAGUAUGUCCAGUGUUGUGUCGAAUAUUGGAGCUAACUCGAAUCUGCCAGCGGUUACCGCAAUAACCACAACCGAAUCGGAGCCGUUACCCAGCAUCUCGAGUUUCGUCAGCAGUCUCGAUCGUGCUGGUCCCAGUAGAUCGACCCAGGCAUCGGAUACGAAUAUUGAUUACUCUACAAUCGGCAACAACAACGAUACCAAUGACGAUAAUAAUAUUAAUUUUGAUCCUCCUAUGGAGUAUCCAACAAAUCAACCUGGGACGUCAACUCGUACCACAGCUUCCAUGUCGUUAUACAAAUCUACAAUGGACGGAAUUAAUAGAAUGCAUGGUUUGUCAAGAAACAUGAUGCUAAGAUAUAGAAUGAAGAGAUCGCUAAGAUCGCAUCGUUUUAUGCAACGUCUUAGGUCUCUGUCCACCAAUAAUUCAUUUCGUCAGUGCGAGCAUAUUAGAAGACCGUGGUACUUACGCAGAAAUACUCAGAAUAAUGGCAAUGGCAACAGUAAUAAUGACGGUUUAGAUGUAGAUAUAGAUAUCCGGGAUAGAAUGCUAGGUUCGAAUACGUCUAAACGUCUGCAAAAGAUGAUCCUACGACUAGAAAUGCUGGUUCGACAACAAAGGGCCUUGGCUCGAAACAGCGGCAGAAGGUUAAACGGUAAUAAUCGUCAAUCCGAAACAAACAGAGACAACGAUAAUCGAGAAAUGGAAGAGAUUCGUGAAGCUACAAGAUUGAGAGCUAGACAAGUUCUUGGUUUGAUGGUACGAUCUUUAAUCCAAUUCUUCGAAGUAAGAAGAUCAGGAAACGGAUCCCAAAGUAAUGUUCUCUAUGAGCAGAUGUAUAAGCUGUAUGUAUUGUUACAUCUCGCACUUGAGCUAACAGAUUUAUUGCUGGCGCAGUUAGUAAUAACAAGACGAGAACUAGAAUCUAGUCAAUAUGGACCUUUCCCUUCUGAUUUAUCGGUUGACAACCAAAACAGAAGCGACACGCGCAAUAAUAGUGUUGACAAUAGUCUGCAAACGGAAAGUCCGCGUCGUGCUAACGAUAACGCGCCAAGACGAAACACGUAUAGGGAAAGGUUAUCGAGAAAUCGUGCUGAAAUGCCAAGUGCGGAGGAGUUUCUUUCAUUACAUGGGAAUAACAUACGUUACCGCAUUCUGGCGCGACGAUUAAAAAGGCUAUCUUAUCACCGACGAGCAAUUCAAAUCAUUAAUGGUUUUUCCGGAAAUCAAACUAGCAAUACAGCAGCAGGUAGAUCUAGCGGUAACGGCGACGAUAACAAUUAUGAUGAUAAUACGCAAAACGAAGAUAAUCGACAGUCAACUUCUGAAAACGCCUUGUCAGCAGAAGUACAGAGUAUCGUGGAAAGAAUUCAAAGUAGCAGCUCGAUCGACAACGAUGACCGCAGCGAGACCAGGGUAGGAGUUGAAAAUCAUACGAUGAACGCUGCAAAUGAGUCGCGAAAUUCAAACGAGAGCUAUCGACGGAGUUACAGAAACGCUACGGUAUCUGAGCCGGCGGUCAGACGUAUUAACGAAUCAAGGGAUCCGCAGGAGACCGACUCUGCUACACAUGCCAACGAGAGCUGGAGAAAUUGCCUUGUUUACACUUCAUCAGGAGAUGAACAAAGUGCUAGAUCGUCGCAUCAGAGAUCUCGUUGGACUCGUCAAUAUGCACGGGUUGCGUGUCCGUCAUUGCUCGAGCGUCCUUUCUUGCACAGAUACGGUAACUCUGACUCGAAUAACAAUCGUAGAUUCCCUCAAAGUAGAGAGGGUUCGUCUCUCCGACGAGAAUUUAAUGUUCCCGAGCUACAGGUAAACAACGUGCCCGUGAACGACUUAGAUAAUCUGUCUAGUAAUCCACGAAGAAGGCAAAAUACGCCUCCAACUCCGCCGCAUACGCCUCCGCCGUAUUUGAUUAAUAAUAUUCUCCAUAAUGCUGAUAACAGAAACAACGAUCGGACAAACGAGUCCACAGAUCAGCCAGGACCAAGUUGGGCUGGACAAUCGAACAAUAAUAGAACUCGGGUAUUGACUCCAACGUUCUUAACGUUGUGGCGCAAUCGGGUUGGUCCCACUUGGAUACCUCGCUACACUGAAUUCGUAAAUAAUUCAGGAUUAGUGCAUAAUGUACGAAUCGGAAAUGCUACUAAUUCCAAUAAUGGUGGUAGCGGUGGUGAUGAUGGUGGAGGAGGCGGAGGAAGAAAUGAAGGAAGAGGUGCAGGACAAAGUGGUGGAGUAGGUGGAGGAGGAGGCACUGGAGGAGGAAGAGGAGGAGGAAAACAUAUACCUAUGGGUAUACCAUUCAACCCAGCGUUGGAAAUUCAAACUUAUCGCGUUCAAGCAUGGGACUUCUCCAAUGGUGACAUACCUGAUAUUACAGACUCUGAGAAAAAUGUUGUGGUGCGUGAAUGUAAGAUUCAUAACGAUGCUAGUAUUGAUAUAUCCACGGAUGGAAAAUUACUAGCGACGCUUCUACAGUCGGGUCGUAUUAAUGUGUCGACCACAUUAGGUAUUUACAGCCUACAAUGGGAAACGCUAGGAGAAAAAAUUCAUUCGACCAAUAUUGAUCAAACCGUGGUAUCCGUCUCGAUAUCGCCCACACAACAACAUCUCUUGGUAGGUUUGGCACGCAGGAUUCAUGUGCCCGCUAGGCCUUUUCCAAUGGCUCUGAUUUACAAGCUGAUGGAAAAACAGUCCGACGAUGAGAAGAAUGUUUCGUCGACAGAUCCGACCAUGGAAUUAUACGAUUCCUUCGACGAGAUGCUCGAUGAUAACGUUUCUACGAGUAAUGUUCCAAGACGAAAUAAUAUUACAGCCAACACUUCUAGACCACACAUCCAAAACUGGCGGAUUCGGGAGAGAAACGAGUUUGAUAUGGAUAUAAAACGUCACAGAGAAAGUAUGGUGCUUAUUCGGGAGUUAUUUCAAAACUGCCGGGAGGUCUCCAGUUACCUCAGUCUAAAUUGUAUUAGAUGGGCGCCGCAGCCGGGCCAAGGGAUGGUUUACGCAACAAACACUGGACAAUUAAAUAUCUUGCAGUGAUUCUAUGCCCGUAAUAGAUGAAGAUGGAAGUAAACAUUUUCUUCGUAUUAUAAUGCUUACAAUGAAUGUGUCAUACACGUAAGACGUAAUACAAUAUCGCGGUUCACUCCCUAAAUGAAUUCUUUUUGAUAGAUUUUAAGGAAGAAUAUAUGCCAAGAACAUAUGCCGUGCGGUAAUAAGUUUUUAUCGCAAUUGAUUAUCAAGGCAGAGUGUGUGACAGUGAUAAAUAGCAUGAGACUGCU